CAAUGAUAUUGAUAUAUUUUUUGAAUUUUUUAAUAAUGGUGGUGUUUUUUUAGCCAUUGCAUAAUGGCAUUUAUUUAUUUAUAUUUUAAACGAUUUUUUCUUAAUAUUAAUUACAUUAUUUUUAAUUAAUUCAUUUUUUUUUUCGACUUGUGGAAUUUAAUAUGAUGCGAUUAAAUGUCCCUAUGAUCACUUCUGCGGCACUUGUUGAUAAAUUACUCUCAAGAAAUGUGUUUACAGUUUUUGAUUUUUUACAAAGACCAAAUUUAGAUUUGCAAGAUAUUUGUAAUUUAAGUUGCAAGGAAGUUUCAAAACUUAAAGAUAAUAUAAUGAUAUCUUAUUGUUCUGAUUUUAUUAAUGCAUUUAUACUAUACUCAAAUAGCUCAACAAAUUGUAUUCAAACUGGAAUAGUGAACCUAGAUGAACUUCUUAAUGGUGGAUUGCGUUAUGGAAAUAUCUAUGAAUUUUGUGGCCCCUCUGCCUGUGGCAAAACUCAGUUAUGUUAUAGCAUAAUAUCAAAUAUAUCAAUUACUAGCAGAAAUAUAAUCUUUAUAGACACAAAAUGUGAAUUUUCUAUUAAAAGAAUAAAAGAAAUUAUAUACCACACGUACCAUGUAUCUAAAAAUCAAAUGAAAGUUGCUUUGGAUAAAAUUCACGUGUAUUCAAUUUUGGAGAUUUAUAGUUUAAUCAGUUGUUUACACAGUCUCAAAGAAAAGUCUGAACUAAUAAUAAUAAUUGAUUCAAUACCAGUGUUAUAUCUACCGUUUGUUGGGUCAUCUAAAAACGAAGGUUUGUGCUUUAUGAACCACAUUCAUUCAAUACUCAAACGUUUAUGUAAAAAUAAAAGUAUAGUUUUGUUAACUAACUUGGCAGUUAAAAAUUGUGAUUUCUCAAAUGAAGAUGUGACAAGUCUAUCUACAAAACAGACUGAAUACAAGCCAGCUAUAGGGAAAUAUUGGUUACAUGUGCCUAGUACAAGACUUAUGCUUACUUCUAAACAAAGUCAGCAAUAUGUAAUCAAUGUAACUAUUUCAAAAAGUGUUAAUUUACCUAUAAAUAAAAAUUGCAUUUUAACAUUAAAUAAUAAAGGUGUUUUAUAAUAAUAAUUAUUUUUGGAAUAUGGAUUGUUUUACA